GGAAAUGCGGCGGUGGGCGCCCGGCUCCCCAUUGGCCGGGCCGGUCACAUGCCCGCCUAACUUUAUUCAGUUGACAGCAAGUAGGAGGGCUCUAUGGCAGGGGAAAAAAAGACAACACGAGAAAAAUUAGUAUUUUCUACCUUCAGAAAUUAAUGGCCAUGAGUUCGUAUAUGGUGAACUCUAAGUAUGUGGAUCCCAAAUUUCCUCCUUGUGAGGAAUAUUUGCAGAAUAGCUACUUAGGGGAGCAGGGGGCCGAGUACUACAGUGCCUCGCAGGGCUCUGAUUUCCAGCACCAGGGACUCUACCCACGGUCAAACUACAGCGAGCAGCCCUAUAGCUGUAGCAAUGCCCAGGGCUCUGCCGGGCAGCCGCGGGGUCACGGACAGGAGCAAUCCGGCCCGGCGAGCCACUUCCCCGGCCCAGCAGAGCAUUGUCCACCGCCUCCAAUGUCCAACUCGCGAGCCUGCAGCCAGCAGCCGGCCCUCAAACCCCCAAACGGCUCCGCAGUUAAGCAGCCAGCAGUAGUUUAUCCCUGGAUGAAGAAAGUCCAUGUUAACUCGGUGAAUCCCAAUUACAACGGAGGGGAACCUAAACGCUCCCGCACAGCUUACACCAGACAGCAAGUCCUAGAACUGGAAAAAGAAUUUCAUUUUAACAGGUACCUGACCAGGCGCCGCCGUAUCGAGAUAGCCCACACUUUGUGUCUCUCUGAGCGCCAGAUCAAGAUCUGGUUUCAGAACAGAAGAAUGAAGUGGAAAAAAGAUCACAAACUGCCCAACACGAAGGGCAGAUCUUCUUCCUCUGGUUCAAACCCCCAUUUACAAACUGGUUCCAAGGACCAUCAGACUGACUUGACAACUUUGUAGAAGAGGUGAAAUUUUCCAUUUCAUCCUUCGCUUCUGACCAGUACUGUACAUAACUGACACUGCCCAAGCAGAACCUGCAUGUAGCAGCUAAGGACACGAGAAACUGUCAUCUUUCUUUAAGGUACUGUUGUACAAAGGAGACAAAAUGACGCUACUUUGGACUUUAUUUUAUUUGCCUCUGCUAGCACAACCU